AUGGCAUCCAGUGUCCCAGGUCCAAUUGCCCUACCAGAAUCUCGUUAUGAUCUAAGCACCUAUUGGGGACGUGUUCGUCACUGCGCAGAGAUUUCUGAUCCAACGAUGUUGUUAACGAGCAGUGAUGAUCUUCAACAAGCUCGCAAAAUCAUCAGUGCAUAUCGCCAUGGAGAGUUGAAAGAAACGACGCCUGAGUUCUGGCAUGCAAAGAAACAGCUAGAUUCUACUGUUCAUCCUGAUACUGGUGAAACUGUGUUUCUCCCAUUCCGUAUGUCCUGUUGUGUGCCCUCAAAUCUGAUAGUUACUGCUGGUAUGUUAACUCCUAAUAUGGGUACCGCUGGUACCCUGUUCUGGCAAUGGGCUAAUCAAUCAUUGAAUGUUGCUGUUAAUGGGGCCAAUGCAAACAAAUCUCAUCCUAUGUCCACCACUCAAUUGAUUACCAAUUAUACUAUGGCCGUCACUGCAUCGUGUGGUGUGGCAGUAGGUUUGAACAAACUAGUUCCAAGGCUGAAACAUCUAUCAGCAAACACUAAAAUGAUCUUGGGACGUCUUGUACCCUUCGCAGCUGUUGUAUCAGCAGGUAUAGUUAAUGUAUUCUUGAUGAGGGGAGGCGAAAUCCGUAAAGGAAUCUCAGUUUAUGACUCCAAUGGAGAUGAGGUUGGCAAAUCAAAAAAAGCAGCCUUCAUCGCUGUUGCUGAAACAGCGUUCAGUAGAAUAUCAAAUGCUACACCAAUCAUGGUUAUCCCGCCGUUGAUCUUGGUUAAACUACAGAAGACUGUAUUAAAGGGGAAAUCCAUGGCAGUUCAAACUGCUGCCAAUUUAGGUGUUAUUUUGGUCACGUCUUUCAUCGCGUUACCAUUUGCGUUGGCUGUGUUCCCACAAUAUCAAUCGAUCUCCGUUUCAAGUCUGGAACCUGAGCUAAAAAACAAGGUUGAUUCUAAUAAAAAACCAAUUGAAACAGUGUAUUUCAAUAGAGGUAUGUGA